AUGGGAACAAAAUCCAAUGUUGGAAGGACCAUUGGAUUCCCAAUGCUUGGUUACCAAAAGAGAUCAUUUGUCAAAUCAAGGGUAUCCCACCUUCUCAUCCACUUGAAGAACCUAAUAGGCUCUCCUGGCGUCAUACUUGAACCAAAGCUUUCACCAUCAAAAAGACUCCCUACCAAUGCAGAACGAGCUAGGCGUGGACUAGCAAAGGACCCUUCUUGCCCAUUUUGUGGGCAUGCGUAUGAUGAUAUCUUGCACACCAUUCGAGACUGCACUUUUGCUAAAGAAGUAUGGAAACAGAGCCCGGAGGAGAUAAUUAAAACCUUAGUAUCUUGGGCCAAGCACUUCUCCUUGGGAAGCAGAGAAGUUGCAGAUACUGAAAUUGAAUCGACUCGUGGAGGACCAUUAGAAGGAGAGUGGACUUAUCUUAACACAGAUGGUGCCAUUCGAGGGACUCAAGGGUUGCAGCUGCUGCAAGACAGAAAUAGAGAGUGGAUCCUAGGUUACAAUAAAUAUCUAGGUAAUUGCUCGAUCCUAGAUACGAUACUUUGGGGUAUUCUUGACUGCCUAAAACUCAUCCACCGAAGAGGCGAGGUCAAUGUUGUAAUUCAGUCUGAUAGCUUGGAGGCAGUCAAAGCUAUUCGCGGAAGUGUCCUAAAGUCCUCACACUCUGCUCUUAUCAAAAAGAUACAAUGCAUCCUAUCCCAAGAAAGCAAUUGGAUCUUAAGCUACAGUCCUAGGGAGGAAAAUCAAAGUGUCGAUUUUAUAGCCAAAUUGGCUUUCGGAGGAAUACCUUCAACUAAUUGA